AACAUCACUCGCAAGCGCACUUCACACCAUGUUUGCUCUCGUUUGCUCAUUUUGAUCGUUGGCGGGAGGGGCCCGGCUCAACGGGUCUUCACCAUGGUAUCUACAUUGCACUAUCGGAUCAUAAUGAUGAUGGACCUCCUCUACAAGCUGCUGCUGCUGCUGAUGCUUUGUGCUGCAUACGUGACCAAGGCCAACGGCAUCCUGGCUGGUCCCCUACUUCAGGGCUUGAUCAAAGGUCGGAGAUGUCGCAUCUUGAAUGGCGAGCGAGCGAGGCUGCCACUGGAGCCAGUAGGUCAGCCUGACAGGGGAGUCGACUGCAUUCCACGACCCUCUUGAGUACAGCCCAUUUCUGGAGCGGGACUCGAAAUCGUUGCUCUUGAGG